AUGAACAAGGAAGAGAGUGAGCUAAAACCUUUAAAGGAAGUGGAUCUAGAUGAUCUUCUCGAUGAUGCACUGAACGAUUUUGCAGAUGAAGUGAGUGCCGUUCAAGCCACUGAGGUCUCAAGUGUAAAGCAGGAAGCAGCAGCAGCAACGCAGAGCAAUGAAGAAAACGGGAUGCAUGAGAACAUGGCCCAAUUCUUGGAAGACGCACAGAAUCCCGAAUUCCAGAAGGUGCUUGAGCAGGCAUUUCGAGAGCUGGGUACAGAUGCUGACACGGAGAAGAUUGAGCAGCUAUUGGGUUCGUUCAAAACAGACCCGACGUCCGAUGAGACGGACGAUGUUAAUGCUGGUGUGGCCAAGACACUGCAGAAUAUGGCCAAGGCUGCAGAAGAUAUGGAAGAUGUGGGUACGGAACAGGUUGAAGCAAUGGGAGAAGACAUGGUGUCUGAAAUGAUGAAGAAGUUUGAAGAAAUGGGCGAAAAGAACGAUUUCCACGACCUGGUGGAUGGAAUGAUGCAGCAACUGCUGUCCAAGGAUGUCAUGUAUGACCCUAUGAAGCAGAUCUGCGAGAGGUAUCCCGAGUGGUUAGAUGAAAAGAAGCCCUUGCUGUCAAAAGGAGACUAUGAGAGAUAUGGCAAACAGUAUCAAUACUUCCAGCAGAUUGUUGCUAUGUACGAGUCGGAACCCGACAAUUACGCUCGGCUGUCAGAGCUUAUGCAAGAGAUGCAGGAGACUGGCCAACCCCCAUCGGAGAUUGUGAAGGACCUUGCUCCAGGCUUGCAGUUUGAUGAAGAAGGAAUGCCGAUCAUGCCCAACAUGGGCCCGGGUAUGCCAUUCGGUGGCGUUGGAGACAAGGAGCAGUGCUCUGUAAUGUGA